AUGUUGAGGGUUAGUUCAAUAAGGUUUCUAAAUAGAGCCAUACUUCCACGUCGAAGUAUAUCACCAACAACUAUUCGAACAUUUUCCACAUUUCGUCCAUUAUCAUUCAACCAGUCCACUUUUUUAUUCAACAAAUCUACAAAAGAUAAUAAAGAUAAAAAACCUGAAAAAUCACAAGAAGAGAAAGAUAAGGAAGAAAAAGAAGAAAUUAAACGUAAAUUACAUAAAAAAUAUCCAAAUCUUGAUGAAGAAAAUUUAAAAAUUUAUAAAAUUGAUUUUAAAACUAUUGGGAAUUAUAUUGUUUUAUUUGGUUCUGCAGUUGUUACAUUAUAUUUAUUUACUAAAGCUACCAAUAAUGCUGAAAGUCAUGAAUUAUCAAUGCAAGAUUUUAUAACUAAUUAUAUUGAAAAAGGAUUAGUUACUAAAUUAACUGUUAUUAAUAAACAUAUUGUUGAAGCUGAAUUAAUUCCUGGUGCAAUGUCAAGUUUAAGUCAUACCAAUAGUAAUGGGAAACCAACUGUUUUAUUUACUAUUGGUUCUUUAGAAUAUUUUGAGGAUGAAAUGAAUAAAGUUCAAGAAAGAUUAUCUAUUCCAAUUAGUGAAAGAUUACCUAUUGUUUAUGAAGAAAAAGGUUCAUGGAUGAGUUAUGUUUUACCUAUUUUACCAACUAUUUUAUUAAUUGGUGGAUUAUAUUUCUUAACCAUGAGAAGAAUGCCAGGUGGUCAAGCUGGUGGUGGGGGAAUGGGUGGUCCAAAUGGAUUAUUCAAAAUUGGUAAAUCAAAGGCUAAAUUAUUUAAUCAAGAAAAUGAAGUUAAAAUUAAAUUUAAAGACGUUGCAGGAUGUGAUGAAUCAAAAGAAGAAAUUAUGGAAUUUGUUAAAUUUUUACAAGAUCCUCAAAAAUAUGAAAAAUUGGGUGCUAAAAUCCCAAGAGGUGCUAUUUUAUCUGGUCCUCCAGGUACUGGUAAAACUUUAUUAGCUAAAGCAACUGCUGGUGAAGCUGGUGUUCCAUUUUUAUCUGUUUCUGGUUCUGAAUUUGUAGAAAUGUUUGUUGGUGUUGGUGCUUCAAGAGUUCGUGAUUUAUUUAAAACCGCUAGAGAAAUGGCCCCAUCAAUUAUUUUUGUUGAUGAAAUUGAUGCCAUUGGUAAAGAAAGAGGUAAUGGUAAAAUUGGUGGAAAUGAUGAACGUGAAAAUACUUUGAAUCAAUUAUUAGUCGAAAUGGAUGGUUUUGAUACGACUGAUCAUGUUGUCGUGUUAGCCGGUACCAAUAGACCUGAUAUUUUGGAUAAAGCUUUAUUGAGACCAGGUAGAUUUGAUAGACAUAUUUCUAUUGAUGUUCCUGAUGUUGAAGGUCGUAAACAAAUUUUUAAAGUUCAUUUAAGUAAAAUUAAAUUGCAAGCUUUGGAAGAUAUUGAUGUUAAACAAAAAGAUAUUGAUUUUGCUAAAUAUCAACAACUUAAAACUGAAACUUUAGAUCAAUUGGCUGGUAGAUUAUCCGCAUUAACUCCAGGAUUUGCUGGUGCCGACAUUGCCAACUGUGUUAAUGAAGGUGCAUUAAUUGCUGCUAGAGAAGAUUCUCCACUGGUUGAUAUUCAUCAUUUUGAACAUGCCAUUGAAAGAGUUGUUGCUGGGUUAGAAAAGAAAUCCAAAUUAUUAACUCCCGAAGAAAAGAAAACUGUUGCUUAUCAUGAAGCAGGUCAUGCAGUUUGUGGAUGGUUUUUAGAAUAUGCUGAUCCUUUAGUUAAAGUUUCUAUUAUUCCUAGAUCUCAAGGUGCUUUAGGUUAUGCACAAUAUUUACCAGGUGAUCAAUAUCUUUUAUCAGAAAUUCAAUUUAAGCAUCGUAUGAUUAUGGCUUUGGGAGGAAGAGUUUCAGAAGAAAUAACUCGUCCUACUAUAACAAGUGGAGCAAGUGAUGAUUUCAAAAAAGUAACCAAGAUGGCUCAACAUAUGGUUCUUAGAUUAGGUAUGUCUCCAUCAUUGGGACAAAUUGUUUAUGAUCAAGGUGGUGAUAGUGAUGGUAUUAAAGUUCAUCAUAAUUAUUCCGAAACUACAGCUAGAUUAAUUGAUAAAGAAGUUAAGAGAUUAAUUGAUGAAGCUUAUCAAGAUUGUAAAGAAUUAUUAACUUCAAAAUUAGAUUUAGUUGAUAAAGUAGCUAAGGAAUUAUUUAAGAAAGAAGUUUUAACAAGAGAAGAUAUGAUUAGAAUGUGUGGUCCAAGACCUUUUAGAGAAAGAAAUGAUGCUUUUGAUAAAUAUCUUCAAGGUGAAGAUGCUUUUAAAGGUAAACCAAAACCUAAAUCAGAUGAUGGUGAUGUUACUCCUCCAACUUCAACAGAAACUGCAUAA